AUCUUUUUUUCUGUCUAUUAAAACAUGGGUCACCUUAUUACUCUAGCUACAUGUUCGUUGAACCAGUGGGCCUUGGAUUUCGAAGGUAAUCUAGAACGUAUUUUGACAAGUAUUCGUAUUGCCAAAGAAAAGGGUGCCAAGUUACGUGUCGGUCCCGAAUUAGAGGUCACAGGCUAUGGUUGUCAGGAUCAUUUUCUAGAAGGGGAUACUUAUUUGCAUGCUUGGGAAGUGUUAGCCGAGAUUCUUAAGAGUGACGAAGCAAAGAACAUGAUUUUGGAUAUUGGCAUGCCUGUCAUGCAUAAAUCAGUUAAAUACAACUGUCGUGUUGUUAUUGCGGAUAAUAAGAUUGUAUUGAUCCGUCCCAAGAUGUUUUUGGCUAAUGAUGGCAAUUAUCGUGAAUUACGUUUCUUUACACCUUGGACACCGAAAAAGGUUGAACAAUACUAUUUACCUCGUAUGAUCUCUAAAAUCACAGACCAGAUACUAGUGCCUUUUGGUGAUUGUGUCAUUAGUACAUUAGAUACUUGUAUUGGUUGUGAGACAUGUGAAGAAUUAUUUACACCUGCUAGUCCCCAUAUCAAUAUGGGCCUCGAUGGUGUUGAAGUAUUUACAAAUAGUAGUGGCAGUCAUCACGAAUUGCGUAAAUUAAAUACGCGUAUUGAUCUGAUUAAAGCCGCUACUGCUAAAGUAGGUGGUGUCUAUCUUUACGCCAAUCAACAAGGUUGUGACGGUGAUCGUCUCUAUUAUGAUGGUUGCGCCAUGAUUGUUAUGAACGGCGAUAUUGUUGCACAAGGAUCCCAGUUUUCACUUAAGGAUGUUGAGGUUGUUACUGCCACUGUAGAUUUAGAGGAUGUUCGGUCUUACCGUGCUCGUAUGGCAAGUCGUGGUAUCCAAGCACAACUUACAGCUGCUUACCAACGUGAGCAAGUCAACAUGGCAUUGACACACAGCUAUAUUGAAGACAAUAUCCAUAUUCGCCCCACACAGCCCCGCCCUCCCUUUUACCAUAUCCCUGAAGAAGAAAUUGCCUUAGGUCCUGCUUGUUGGUUGUGGGAUUAUUUACGUCGAUCAAAAACAUCAGGCUACUUUUUGCCACUCAGCGGUGGCAUUGAUAGUUGUGCUACUGCUACCAUCGUUGCCUCCAUGUGUCGUUUAGUAGUCAAGGAAGCAGGUGAGGGCAAUGAGCAAGUUAUUCAAGAUGCUCGUCGUUUAGCUGGUGAAGAGAAUUACACUCCUACAGAUCCUCGCGAAUUUGCUCAUCGUAUCUUUUAUACUUGUUAUAUGGGUACUGAAAACUCAAGCAAUGAAACCCGUAAACGAGCUAAGGACUUGGCCAAUGUCAUCGGUAGCUACCAUACUGAUUUGAAUAUGGAUACAGUAGUCAAGUCUAUUCAUAGCUUGUUUACUUUGGUUACUGGCAAAUCACCCAAAUAUAAAGUUCAUGGCGGAACAGAUACCGAAAACCUGGCUAUGCAAAAUAUUCAAGCUCGUCUCCGCAUGUUGCUUGCUUAUCUCUUUGCCCAACUCUUGCCCUGGUGCCGUUCCAUCAAGGGAGGUUUGUUAGUCUUGGGUAGUGCCAAUGUGGACGAAACGUUACGUGGCUAUUUGACCAAAUAUGAUUGUAGUAGUGCUGAUGUCAAUCCUAUUGGCGCUAUCUCCAAACACGAUCUCAAACUCUUUAUUCACUAUGCACAGAGCAAAUUCGACUUGCCCAUUUUAGGUGAAUUCUUGGAUGCCGUACCUACUGCUGAACUAGAGCCAAUCACAAAAGAGUAUGUGCAGUCGGAUGAAGCUGAUAUGGGUAUGACCUAUGAUGAGCUUUCUAGAUAUGGUCGCCUUCGUAAGGUCGAUCGUUGUGGCCCCUACUCCAUGUUCAGCAAGCUAGUGCACGAAUGGGGUGACCAUUUACCACCUAAGGAGGUAGCCACCAAAGUAAAACGAUUCUUUUUCUACUACUCUAUCAAUCGACACAAAUUGACAACUUUGACGCCUUCAUAUCAUGCUGAAGCCUAUAGUACCGAUGACAAUCGAUUUGAUUUAAGACCUUUUCUGUACAAUGCUUCCUGGAAAUGGCAAUUCAGCAAGAUUGAUCGCGAAGCCGAGGAAUUAGAAAGACGUGAGGGGGAGCAGAAAUUGAAUAGUCAAGUGGAUUAGGUUUUAAUCAAUAAAUAAUAAGCUUUCUCCUUUUUUGUUGCCAAUAUGCAUG